AUGGCCUUUGCUAAGCUUCUCUCCAUCGUCACCCUCGCUACUGCGGCCAGCGCCGCAGUCACAAAGCGCGUGACCUGCCCCGGCGGCGGUGUCACGGCCAACGAGGCAUGCUGUGUUCUCUUCCCCGUCCUCGAGGACAUUCAGGCGAACCUCUUCGACAACGAGUGCGGUGACAAUGCGCACGAGGCGCUCCGCCUGACCUUCCACGACGCGAUCGGUAUCUCGAAGACCAACUCGUCCUUCGGCGAUGGCGCCGACGGUUCCUUCGUGCUGUUCGGCGACAUAGAAACGCAGUUCGCGGCUAAUGGCGGCACGGACGAGAUUGUGGCCCUCGAGAAGCGCUUCAUCUCGCAGCACCCGGGUAUUUCGACCGCCGACUUCAUCCAGUUCGCCGGUGCAGUCGGUAUCUCGAACUGCCCUGGUGCCCCACGUCUUGAGUUCCUUCUCGGUCGCAAGGACGGUACGCGUCCGGCUCCAGACGGCACUGUUCCUCUGCCAUUCGACGACAUUGGCAAGAUCCUUGCUCGCAUGGAGGACGGCGGAAGCUUCUCCCCGGCUGAGGUUGUAGCACUACUCUCAGCGCACUCGGUUGGCGCUUCUGACAACGUUGACGGCACCAUCCCCCGGACGCCUUUCGACUCGACCCCGAACCGUUUCGACACGCAGUUCUUCGUCGAGACUCAACUUCGCGGCACACUGUUCCCCGGUAGCGGCCCGAACGAGGGUGAGGUUCAGUCGCCUCUUCGCGGCGAGAUCCGUCUCCAGUCCGACCAUCUCUUCGCCCGCGACUCGCGCACAAACUGCUUCUGGCAAGCCAACGCGAACCAGCAGACGCACAUGACGAGCACAUUCGCUGCUGCCAUGGCUAAGCUCGUCGUCCUCGGCCAGAACGUCAACUCCCUCGUUGACUGUUCCGAUGUCAUCCCCGUGCCGCCGCCGUUCACCGCUCAGGCUACCUUCCCCGCCGGACUUUCCAACAAGGACAUCGAGCAGGCUUGUGCUACCGCUGCGUUCCCGACGCUCAAGACCGACCCCGGCCCGGCUACUUCGGUUGCCCCUGUUCCUCCCGGUUCCACGUAG